AUGAUACCUUCUCUACUCGUAUUUCUUCUGUUUUCGCUGAUUGAUGCGAAACCACAACUCAUUCCAGAGUUGUUGGCAGGUGAAUACAACGCAUUCUUACAGAUUUUCAAGCCAACAAUAUUCUUUUAGGACUGCAAGAUGGAAGAUUCGGUGGUGGCGGAGGGCCGGAUAGAGGAGGCAUGGACAUCGGACACGUCAUCGGAAACAUUGCAGCCAAUAUCGGAGAGCGGAUAGGUUUGAACGAUGCGGAUGUGAUUGGGGAUUUGAGAGUGAGUGCCGAUGAAAAGGGGAAGAUGCCACGUCAUAAUUGAAGGGAAUCUCACGUGGACCUCGGCCUUCACAAUCCGAAUGGUCCGCCAAGGCGAGGCACUUCUGCAGACGGUACCCGGGGCAUCCAAAGUGCCAACGCGGACAACUUCCUCAGUUCACAGACAUUCCCACCAUCAUCAACCAGGUUCUGUUCAACGCCGGAGACCUUCUGCCGAAGGUUCCGACACUGAGCAUCCGUGAUCCGUUGUCCGGAUUGAACAGCGAACUCGUCGGCUUCAUCAAGAAUCUGCAAUCGCAGUUCGGACAGCUCAGUUCGCAGCAACGGAAUACUCUGCAGAACUCGUGCCAGUCGUUCAAAUGCGACCAACAAUCCACGCAGAAUACGCAGGCAAAGCAGGAACUUAUGGACAAGGUGGGCAUUCUAUUCUGCGAAUCUUCCUUCCCUUUCACAAUUCAUUCUUCAAUUUCAGAUGCUUGCCUUUGAUCAAACCGUCGGCGGAAAAGUGUCUCGUGACAAAAUGAAUCUUCGUUUCGAUCGCACUCAGCAAGUGAAACAGGCGAUGCUCAAGAGAGCCAAUCUCUCUCAUGUCGUCCGUCCGACAGCCCGUUUCCGUUUCAUUCCGGACCCUUUUUGCAGAUUGUUCCGGCCGACAACGGAGUCUUCGACCGAGACGUCCUCCUCACCGAACAUCAGGCCGACUUCCUGCUCAACGAGCUCGGCGAGGCGGGCGUCGGUGCAGAUGUUCCCGGGGCACGGAUGCCUCGUUCGGGCCUCUAUUUCCAAGAGAAUCCGGUUCAGAAAUGGGAUAUCUGGCAUCCGAUUCCGUACACUUUGGACGACUCAUUAGGUACUCUUUUGCAACGGAGAACCACAGAAUGGAUGGGUUGUUGAGUUCAGAAGAGUCGGAUAAGAAGGAUAUCCGGGAAGCGCUGCACGAGAUCUCAAUAAACACGUGCAUUCUGUUCAAGUACAACGCCACUCCGAAGGGUUAUCAUCUGAAUUACAUGAAAGUUGACAGUCCCACUUUGUGAGUCCAUCUUUAAAUCUUCCAAUCGGACAAUCAGUCAGAGUUUUUGCGAAUAAUUGAGAAUUUCACAAAAGAUACUUCACAGACGCACUAAUAAACAAUCCUUGCAGCUGCGGUCUUUCCUACAUCGGACGAACCGACCCAGCCAACCCAAUCUACCUGAGCUUCCAAUGCGGUGACGUCAGUUUCUUCUCUCUUCCCCGCAUGUCUUCAAAAGGUCAUCUUCUUUCCAGAAUCGUGGAGUGGCAAUGCACGAAACGAUGCACGCCCUCGGGGUCAGCCACCAGCACCUCCGUCUCGACCGGGACAAGCACAUUAAAGUGAUUCCGCGCGACCCCAUCCCGAAGCCCUUUUCUCUUUCAGAUCGACUGGUCCAACAUUGAUCCUCAGCACUACGACACUUUCGCGAUCGCCGAUGCCAAAUUGUACACUUCAUACGGAACCAAGUACGCGUACGAUAGUAUCAUGCACUACAACGCCUAUUUGGCAGCCAUCAACCCCUCCAAACCGACCAUGAUCCCUCUGGUUUGCUCUCUUUUUCCCCGAUGACUCUGUCAUUUUCCUUUAGGUGAAUCCUCAAGAGAACCUUCCGAAAUUGGGCCAAAGAGCGAAGCUAACCAGGGCGGAUAUACGACUGCUCAAGAAGAUGUAUUGCCGUCCGGGAUGCGACGAUUCGAAUGUGCAUUGCGGAACGUGGGCACUCAAUGGAUACUGCAAACAUAAGGAUCAUAAUGUGUGGAUGUCUAAUAACUGUAAAGCUAGCUGUGAUAAAUGUUGA